AUGGAAGUAGAUACUGGUGCUGCAGUUAGUGUAAUGAAUGAGGAUACAUAUACAUUAUUGAAGAAAAAACACCCAAACCUAGAGCUGAAGGAAUCAAAGGUAAGGCUAAAUACCUAUACGGGAGAGCAAGUUAAAGUGUUGGGUCAGCUGGAGACUUCGGUGAAGUAUGAAGAUCAAGAAGGCGUAUGGCCUUUACUAGUCAUAACAGGGAAGGGCCCUAACUUGAUUGGCAGAAAUUGGCUUCAAAAGAUUAAAAUAAAUUGGAAGAAUUUAUUUCAGUUAAAAGAGGACAAGAAUACCUCAGUCAAAGUUAAUAAGGCAAGACCUGCUCCCUAUGCAUUGAGGGAAAAAGUAGAAAAGGACUUAGAAAGAUUGCAAGAAGAGGGAACUAUAGAGCCUGUCCAGUUCGCAGAUUGGGCAGCGCCAAUCGUACCAAUCGUUAAGGAUGAUAAGUCGAUAAGAAUUUGUGGGGAUUAUAAAGUAACUGUCAACCAAGCUGCAAAGUUAGACAAUUACCCGAUUCCCAAGGCAGAAGAUCUUUUUGCGACUUUAAGUGGUGGAGAGAAAUUCACCAAGCUCGAUAUGAGUCAAGCCUAUCAACAAAUCUUAUUGGAGGAUGAAUCAAGACAAUAUACUACCAUCAACACACACACAAAGGACUUUUUCAGUACAAUCGAUUGCCAUAUGGAGUGUCCUCGUUCCCUAGGAUUUUCCAGCGUACUAUGGAAAACCUACUGCAGGGGAUUCCUUUCGUGGUUGUGCGAGUGGAUGAUAUUUUGGUCUCUGGUUCGAAUGAUGAGGAACAUUUAGCAAAUUUAGAAGAAGUUCUAAAACGGUUGUCAGAGCAUGGGUUACGCCUAAAGAAGAAGAAGUGUGCCUUCAUGGUGAACGAGGUGGUGUAUUUAGGCCAGAAGAUAAAUAGCCAAGGAAUACAACCAAUCCAAGAGAAAGUCAGAACCAUCACCAAUGCACCGGCACCGACAAAUGUGUCUGAAGUUCGAUCAUACUUGGGAAUGAUCAACUAUUACCAAAAGUAUUUACCAAAUUUAUCAACGAUUCUGGCACCACGUACUGCACAGCCUGUUGGAAAAAGGGAAAAGUUGGAAAUGGAGUGA